AUGGCAAUAUCAAUCGUUGCCGUCGUUAUCAUCACGGUAAUAUCCACCGUCACGACGGUCAGCGAGGCGGCGCCGUUGUCCUUCAACUUCACGAGCUUCGAGCCGUGCAACGACGCCGCCGUCAAGCUCUACGGCGACGCCUACUGCGCGGAUUCCGGCGUCCGGAUCACCGGGUUCGAUUACUACGUCACGGGUCAGGCCAGGUACCCGAAACCGAUGCGGCUGUGGGGCCGGUCCACGGGCCAGCUGGCCAACUUCACCACCGCGUUCACUUUCGCCAUCGACAACGACGACGGCAGCUGGACCUGCGACGGCCUGGCCUUCUUCCUCGCCUCCGCCGGCUACGUCACCUCGACCGACGCCUCCGAGGGCCGGCUCGGGCUGGUGGACAUGAAACCACACGGCCUCAUAUGCUCUAACAACGCCACGGCGGCAGACAACCCGUUCGUCGCUGUGGAGUUCGACACCUACGACAACGCGUGGGACACGUGGAGAAACGAGAGCCACGUGGGCAUUGACGUCGGCUCCAUGCGUUCGGUCGUCAGCAAGAGGUGGAAGAGCUACGUGGAUGGGACGCUGAUGUGGGCGCAGGUGUCGUACGACGGCGGGAACCUGUGCGCUCUUUUCACGGGAGUGACGGAGAACCUGACGGACGUUCCUAUAGAUACGUGGAGGUACCAAUCUCACACCGUCUACUCUUGGUCCUUCUCCUCCGAUUUGGACUUCCAUUACGACUAG